GGCAGCAGGGUCCAUAUGAUCUGCGACUCUUCUCUUAUUAAGGGAGAUACCAUUUCAGCAGUGCUGUCGUCUGUGUGUCACUUCCAGGGCUGCAGCAUUAGCACUGUCUGUGUCUGCGUCAUGUUUGCCCUACGUAAGAUCCGAAUCAAGAAAAUGGAUUCAGGUGGAGUGAAAGUGCUGGAGACCGCAGAUGACAUCCAGGAGAGGCGCCAGCAAGUCCUGGACCGAUACCUGCGGUUUAAGGAACUCUCUACGCUGAGACGCCAGAAAUUGGACGAUUCUUACCGCUUCCAGUCCUUCCAGCGAGAUGCUGAUGAGCUGGAGAAAUGGAUCCAGGAGAAACUCCAAAUUGCAUCUGAUGAGAACUACAAGGAUCCAACCAACCUGCAGGGAAAAUUACAAAAACACCAGGCCUUUGAGGCAGAAGUACAGGCCAACGCAGGGGCAAUCAUCAAAUUGGACGAAACCGGAAACCAAAUGAUUUCAGAAGGACAUUUUGCAUCAGAGAGUAUCAGAACCCGGCUGGUGGAAUUGCAUCGUCUGUGGGAGCUGCUGCUCUUGAAAAUGCAAGAGAAAGGAGUUAAGUUACUACAGGCGCAGAAGCUUGUUCAAUAUCUGCGGGAAUGUGAAGACACCCUAGAUUGGAUUAAUGACAAGGAGGCCAUUGUAACAUCAGAGGAGCUUGGGCAGGAUUUAGAACAUGUAGAGGUCUUACAGAAGAAGUUUGAAGAGUUUCAGACUGAUCUGGCCGCUCAUGAAGAAAGAGUGAAUGAAGUCAACCAGUUUGCCAGUAAAUUGGCCCAGGACAAACACCCAGAGAUGGAGUUGAUAAAGACCAAACAAGAUGAAGUCAAUGCAGGUUGGCAGCGCCUUAAAGGUCUGGCACUCCAGAGACAAGGGAAGUUAUUUGGAGCUGCUGAAGUUCAGCGUUUUAACAGAGAUGUUGAUGAAACCAUUGGCUGGAUAAGAGAGAAGGAGCAGCUGAUGGCAUCUGAUGACUUUGGCAGAGACUUGGCAAGCGUUCAAACACUCCUACGAAAACACGAGGGUCUGGAGAGGGACCUUGCAGCGCUGGAGGAGAAGGUGAAAGCCUUGUGUACAGAAUCAGACCGUCUGCAACAAUCGCAUCCUAUGAAUGCCCCUCAGAUUCAAGUGAAGGGAGAAGAACUGUUAACCAACUGGGAGCAAAUACGCACACUGGCAGCAGAACGACAUGCUCGUCUCAAUGACUCCUACAAGCUUCAGCGAUUCCUAGCAGACUUCAGGGACCUGACCAGCUGGGUAACAGAAAUGAAAGCUCUGAUAAAUGCAGAUGAACUUGCCAACGAUGUGGCCGGUGCAGAGGCUCUGCUUGACCGACACCAAGAACAUAAGGGGGAAAUCGAUGCCCAUGAAGAUAGCUUUAAAGCAGCAGAUGCUGCAGGUCAGGCCUUGCUGAACGCUGGCCACUAUGCCUCAGAUGAAGUCCGAGAGAAGCUUACUAUCCUAACAGAAGAAAGGACAGCUCUUCUGGAGCUUUGGGAGCUUCGCCGUCAGCAAUAUGAACAGUGCAUGGACCUGCAGCUGUUUUACAGAGACACCGAACAGGUGGACAACUGGAUGAGCAAACAGGAAGCUUUUCUGCUCAACGAAGACUUGGGUGAUUCUCUGGACAGCGUGGAAGCUCUUCUGAAAAAACACGAGGACUUUGAGAAGUCUCUUAGCGCCCAGGAAGAGAAAAUUACAGCUCUGGAUGAGUUUGCUACAAAGCUAAUUCAGAAUAACCACUACGCCAAGGAAGAUGUGGCUACCCGUAGAGAUGCUCUGCUGAGCCGCCGCAAUGCACUUCACGAACGUGCACUCUACCGCCGCACUCAGCUGGCAGACUCCUUUCACCUGCAGCAAUUCUUAAGGGACUCCGACGAGCUAAAGAGCUGGAUUAAUGAAAAGAUGAAGACUGCAACAGAUGAGGCAUACAAGGAUCCCUCCAAUCUCCAGGGUAAGGUGCAGAAGCACCAAGCUUUUGAGGCUGAACUCUCUGCUAAUCAAAGCCGUAUAGAUGCCUUGGAGAACUCUGGCCAGAAAUUAAUUGAUGUCAACCAUUACGCAUCUGAUGAGGUGGCAGCCCGUAUGAAUGAGGUCAUCAAUUUGUGGAAGAAGCUGCUGGAGGCCACUGAAUUGAAAGGGAUCAAGCUGCGUGAAGCCAACCAACAGCAGCAGUUCAAUCGUAAUGUGGAAGACAUAGAACUGUGGCUGUAUGAAGUUGAGGGGCAUUUGGCUUCAGAUGACUAUGGAAAAGACCUGACCAAUGUGCAAAAUCUGCAGAAAAAACAUGCCUUGUUGGAGGCUGAUGUAGCGGCUCACCAGGACCGUAUUGAUGGCAUCACUAUCCAAGCUCGUCAGUUCCAAGAGGCCGGUCAUUUUGAUGCUGACAAUAUCAAGAAGAAACAGGAGGCCCUUGUUUCUAGAUAUGAAGCUCUGAAGGAACCCAUGGCUGCACGCAAGCAGAAGUUAUCCGAUUCUCUGCGUCUCCAACAGCUUUUCAGGGAUGUUGAAGAUGAGGAGACCUGGAUAAGGGAGAAGGAACCCAUUGCAGCCUCCACCAACAGAGGCAAGGAUUUGAUUGGAGUCCAGAAUAUCCUGAAGAAACACCAGGCCCUGCAGGCUGAAAUUGCUGGUCAUGAACCCCGCAUCAAAGCGGUUACCCAGAAAGGGGAAUCUAUGAUCACCGAAGGCCACUUUGCCUCUGAAGAAGUGACAGGUAAAUUAAAUGAGCUGAAUGAUAAGUGGGCCACUCUGAAGAACAAAGCAUCACAACGUCGACAGGACCUUGAAGAUUCUCUACAAGCUCAGCAGUAUUUUGCUGAUGCCAACGAGGCUGAGUCUUGGAUGAGGGAGAAGGAGCCUAUUGUUGGAAGCACAGACUAUGGCAAAGAUGAAGACUCUGCUGAGGCCCUUCUGAAGAAACAUGAAGCUCUUAUGUCAGAUCUCCGAGCAUAUGGAAGCAGUAUCCAGGGACUGAGGGAACAGGCCCAGUCCUGCAGACAACAAGUUGCCCCAACUGACGAUGAAACUGGAAAGGAGCUGGUGCUGGCAUUGUAUGAUUAUCAAGAAAAGAGCCCUAGGGAGGUAACAAUGAAGAAAGGAGACAUCUUGACCUUGCUAAACAGCACAAAUAAGGAUUGGUGGAAGGUGGAAGUGAAUGAUCGUCAGGGCUUUGUGCCUGCUGCAUAUGUGAAGAAGCUGGACCCAGCACAGUCUGCAUCUCGAGAAAACCUGCUGGAGGAACAAGGAAGCAUUGCUCUCCGUCAGGAGCAAAUCGAUGGCCAGGCUCACAUGUCUAAGGAAGCUGGCAGUGUUUCUCUGCGUAUGAAUCAGGUUGAAGAAUUGUACCACAAUAUCUUGGAGAUGGGAGAGAAGCGCAAGGACAUGCUAGAGAAGAGUUGCAAGAAGUUUAUGUUAUUCCGUGAGGCAAAUGAGCUGCAGCAGUGGAUAAAUGAGAAAGAAACCUCUCUUACCAAUGAAGAGGUCGGGGCUGACCUGGAACAAGUCGAAGUGCUGCAGAAGAAGUUUGAUGACUUUCAGAAGGAUUUGAAAGCAAAUGAGUCACGUUUGAAGGACAUUAACAAGGUGGCUGACGAGCUUGAAUCUGAAGGCUUGAUAACAGAAGAAGUCCAGCCUGUGCAGCAUCAGGAGGUGUAUGGGAUGCAGCGGGAUGACCCUGACUCCAAAUCAGCAUCUCCAUGGAAGUCUGUUCGAACUGCUGUUCAUGCGGUGGCUACCUUCAACUCUAUCAAGGAUUUGAACGAGCGCUGGAAGUCGCUUCAACAGCUGGCAGAAGAAAGGAGUCAGCUUCUCGGCAGUGCCCAUGAAGUACAAAGAUUCCACAGAGAUGCUGAUGAGACAAAAGAAUGGAUUGAAGAGAAGAACCAGGCUUUAAAUACAGACAGCUACGGACAUGACUUGGCAAGUGCGCAGGCUCUGCAACGUAAACACGAAGGGUUUGAGAGAGACCUCGCUGCUCUGGGAGAUAAGAUGAACUCUUUGGGAGAGACUGCUGAGCGCCUGAUCCAGUCACACCCUGAGUCUGCAGAUGAUAUUCAGGAAAAAUGCACAGAACUUAAUCAGGCCUGGAACAGCCUUGGCACCCGGGCAAACCAGCGCAAGGAGAAACUGGGCGACUCUCACGAUCUGCAACGCUUCCUCAGUGACUUUAGAGAUCUCAUGUCCUGGAUCAAUGGAAUUCGGGGCUUGGUGUCAUCAGAUGAACUUGCUAGAGAUGUGACUGGUGCAGAGGCUUUGCUGGAACGACACCAGGAACACCGGACUGAGAUUGAUGCCAGAGCAGGCACUUUCCAGGCUUUUGAGCAGUUUGGACAGCAGCUUCUGGCUCGUGGUCAUUAUGACAGCCCUGAAAUCAAGGAGAAGCUGGAUAUCUUGGAACAGGAACGGGCAAGUUUGGAAAAGGCUUGGGUAGAACGCAGAAUGAUGUUGGAUCAGUGCUUGGAGCUGCAGCUCUUCAACCGAGAUUGUGAGCAAGCGGAGAACUGGAUGGCAGCCCGUGAAGCCUUCCUGAACAGCGAGGAUAAAGGGGAUUCCCUGGAUAGUGUGGAGGCUCUAAUCAAGAAACAUGAAGACUUUGAUAAAGCCAUUAAUGUCCAGGAAGAGAAGAUUGCUGCCCUCCAGGCAUUUGCCGACCAAUUGAUAACUGCUGAGCACUAUGCCAAGGGAGAUAUCGCCUCCCGUCGCAAUGAAGUCUUAGACAGGUGGCGCCGUCUCAAGGCUCAGAUGAUUGAAAAGAGAUCCAAGCUUGGGGAAUCUCAGACUUUGCAGCAGUUCAGCAGGGACGUCGAUGAGAUCGAAGCCUGGAUCAGUGAAAAAUUGCAGACUGCUAGCGAUGAGUCCUACAAAGAUCCCACAAACAUCCAGCUUUCCAAAUUGCUGAGCAAACACCAGAAACACCAGGCUUUUGAAGCUGAGCUCCAUGCCAAUGCUGACCGUAUUCGUGGAGUAGUCGACAUGGGGAACUCCCUUAUUGAGCGAGGUGCUUGUGCUGGCAGUGAGGAUGCAGUGAAGGCUCGCCUUGGAGCUCUUGCUGAUCAGUGGCAGUUCCUUGUAAGCAAGUCUGCAGAGAAGAGCCAGAAACUGAAGGAAGCAAACAAGCAGCAGAACUUCAACACUGGCAUCAAAGAUUUUGAUUUCUGGCUGUCAGAGGUGGAUGCUUUGCUGGCAUCAGAGGACUAUGGAAAGGACUUGGCAUCUGUUAAUAACCUGCUGAAAAAACACCAGCUUCUGGAAGCCGAUAUCUCUGCUCACGAGGAUCGCCUAAAAGAUCUCAAUGGGCAGGCAGAUAGUCUGAUGACCAGCAGCGCCUUUGACACCACCCAGGUGAAGGAGAAAAGGGAUGCCAUCAAUGACCGCUUCCAGCGCAUCAAAAGCAUGGCUGCUGCACGCCGCAGCAGGUUGAAUGAGUCCCACCGCCUGCACCAGUUCUUCAGAGAUCUUGAUGAUGAGGAAUCAUGGAUCAAGGAAAAGAAACUUCUGGUUGGAUCCGAUGACUAUGGUCGAGAUUUGACUGGAGUGCAGAAUUUGAGGAAGAAACACAAGAGAUUGGAAGCUGAACUGGCAGCUCAUGAGCCAGCCAUUCAGGGAGUGCUGGACACUGGAAAGAAACUUGCCGAUGACAACACUAUUGGAAAAGAUGAAAUUCAGCAGCGACUGGCACAGUUUUUAGAGCACUGGAAGGAACUGAGGGAACAAGCAGCAGCUCGUGGUCAGAGGCUGGAAGAAUCUCUUGAGUACCAACAAUUUGUAGCCAAUGUAGAGGAAGAGGAAGCCUGGAUUAAUGAAAAGAUGACUCUAGUGGCCAGUGAAGACUAUGGUGACACACUGGCUGCCAUCCAGGGAUUGCUGAAGAAGCACGAGGCAUUUGAGACAGACUUUACAGUGCACAAAGACAGAGUACAUGAUGUAUGUGCCAAUGGAGAAGACCUGAUACAGAAGAACAAUCACCAUGUGGAGAAUAUUAGUGCCAAAAUGAAGGGUCUCCGUGGGAAGGUGGCAGAGCUAGAGAAGGCAGCUGCACAGCGCAAGGCCAAACUUGAUGAGAAUUCCGCUUUCCUGCAGUUCAACUGGAAGGCGGAUGUUGUAGAGUCAUGGAUUGGUGAAAAAGAGAACAGCCUGAAGACUGAUGAUUAUGGUAGAGACCUCUCCUCUGUGCAAACUCUUCUUACUAAGCAGGAAACAUUUGACGCUGGGCUACAGGCUUUCCAGCAAGAGGGCAUUACCAACAUCACUACACUGAAAGACCAGCUUCUGGCCGCAAAGCAUGUGCAGUCGCGAGCUAUAGAGUCCCGUCAUGCUUCUCUGAUGAAGCGCUGGAACCAGUUGUUGGAUAAUUCUGCUGCCCGCAAGAAGAAGCUACUGGAGGCUCAGGAACACUACAGAAAGGUUGAGGACUUGUUCCUAACAUUUGCCAAGAAAGCAUCUGCCUUUAACAGCUGGUUUGAGAAUGCUGAGGAGGACUUGACUGAUCCCGUUCGCUGCAACUCUUUGGAGGAAAUCAAGGCGCUACGUGAGGCACACAAUGCCUUCCGCAAUUCUCUCACCUCUGCCCAGACAGAUUUCAACCAGCUUGCCGAACUGGACAGGCAAAUCAAGGGCUACCGGGUAGCCUCCAAUCCCUACACAUGGUUCACCAUGGAGGCUUUGGAGGAGACAUGGCGCAACCUGCAGAAAAUCAUAAAGGAACGUGAACUUGAGCUACAGAAAGAACAGCGUAGACAGGAAGAGAACGAUAAGCUCCGACAAGAGUUUGCCCAGCAUGCCAAUGCUUUCCAUCAAUGGAUUCAGGAGACAAGGACCUACCUUCUGGACGGCAUAGCCUAUCGCCGAGUCAUACGUGUGUAUCAGUAUGAAGUUGGGGAUGAUCUUUCUGGAAGGUCUUGUAUGGUGGAAGAGUCUGGAACGUUGGAGUCACAACUAGAAGCUACAAAGAGAAAGCAUCAGGAGAUCCGGGCCAUGAGGAGUCAGUUGAAGAAGAUAGAAGAUCUCGGCGCAGCAAUGGAAGAGGCUCUUAUCUUGGAUAAUAAAUACACAGAACACAGCACUGUUGGGCUGGCACAGCAAUGGGACCAACUGGAUCAGUUAGGCAUGAGAAUGCAACACAACCUGGAGCAACAGAUCCAGGCCAGAAACACAACUGGUGUAACAGAGGAAGCACUCAAAGAAUUCAGCAUGAUGUUUAAGCAUUUUGACAAGGACAAGUCUGGCCGCCUCAACCACCAAGAAUUCAAAUCUUGUCUGCGGUCCCUUGGGUACGAUCUUCCCAUGGUAGAGGAAGGAGAACCAGACCCAGAGUUUGAAGCCAUUCUGGACACUGUAGAUCCCAACAGAGAUGGGCACGUUUCUCUACAGGAAUACAUGGCUUUCAUGAUUAGCAGAGAAACUGAAAACGUCAAAUCAAGCGAGGAGAUAGAGAUUGCCUUCCGAGCACUGAGUACAGACCAGAAACCAUAUGUCACAAAGGAAGAACUAUACCAGAAUCUAACACGCGAACAGGCAGAUUACUGCAUUUCACACAUGAAACCUUACAUGGACAGCAAGGGCCGCGAACUGCCCUCCGCAUACGACUACGUGGAAUUCACACGCUCGCUAUUUGUGAACUGAUGUGGCUGAUUAAAGCCUUGCUUGUGUCUGCUGUUUCUGGCUGUGCAUGUUCUCUGCCUUCAACUGCCCACUGUAUCCUUAGCCGACUGAAGAAGCAAUAUGAGCAAUGUGCUUUAAUAAAUGCUGAUUAUUCA